AUGCGUGGUCGAGACGGACAAAUGCCGUCAAGGUAUCACCGCCAAGACACGGGCGAGCAGGUUUUAGCCUGCUAUCAAGACGAGCCCAAGAGCGUCACCUUGAUGGUUGCAGCGCCAUUUCUCCCAAAGUGGUCUUCUCAGCUUGCCAUUGCAGCCAUGGAUGAGGACGAGUAUCCGGUGGAGUACUGUUCUGAAGCAUUCGCAGGUGACUGGAUGACAGUGGAUGGCGGCUGCGGUCUUGGCCUGUCAGCCGGCGGCCACCAAGCCAUCAAGGUUCUCAGCACCCCUCGAAAGGGCUGGCCAUCAAGGUUCUCGCGGGCAGAUUUCAAGCGGCCUGGUAGCAUGGAGGGGGGGCUGCCCAGGCGCGCAUCCACAGCAAAAACCCACCCGCCUAGGACGGCCAACGGAGGAGCAAUCACGUCGCUCACGCGGGCAUGGAAUGCUGGCCUUGUCGGCCUUGCUGGCCCAGGUUUUGCAGGUCGCUCGUCUCCGCGCGCGGGUCGGCCUUGCGGCACCGGUUGA